AUGAUUUUAUUCGUAAUUAUAACGAUAAAAUCAGAUAAUUCAUUUCUUUUUAAUACCAAUAAUCCAUAUUCUCAAAGAAUAUUUGAUUGUUUUUAUUUUCAUUCAAUUAAUGAAUAUGCUCCCGAUAAUAAUUUAUUGAUUAAUACAAAUGAUUUAACACCUUAUUGUCGUCGUAUUUCAAUCGAUGAGAAAUGGAAUGAUACUCAAGGAUUUAUAGAAAAUAAUCAUACAUUCCAAUCAUUACGUUUAAAAGGGAUUCAAAGUAAAGAUCUUCUUCAAUGGUCAUUAACAAUCGAUAUUAUUGAACAAUAUGAAAUUUAUUUAAAUGAAAAUAAUUCACAAUUUGAUGAUUAUAUAUUUAAUAAUUGUUCACUACACUGGUUUGGUUCACAUUGUCAAUAUACAUUUGCUUUAAAUGUUUCAAUUACAUCGUUUUCUACAUUUGUUCAAGCUUCUCUUACCAAUCGUAUCCAAUAUGAACGUGAACUUGUAAUAAAUACCUGUUAUCCAUAUUUAUCUGAAUGUCUACGUGGUCCUAAACCAAUGUGUCUAGAUUGGCGUGAAAUUUGUGAUGGAAAAAUCGAUUGUAUUAAUGAAAGUUUUGGUAUUGAUGAAAAAUAUUGUGAACAGCUUGAAUUAAAAGAAUGUGAAGAAGAUGAAUAUCGUUGUCAUAAUGGUGCACAAUGUAUUCCAUUAAAUUUUUUUCAUGAUAGUUGGAGCAGUCAUGACUGUUUAGAUGGUUCAGAUGAAAAUGAAAUAUAUCAAUCAAAACUUGAAACAAAUUUACGAGCUUAUCUAAAUUGUACGGAUUCAAUGAAAUUCGCUUGUGAAGAAACAAUGUGUCGUUAUCCAGGUUAUUUUUCAUGUGGUGAUGGACAAUGCUUAGAAAGUCGUCGUGUUUUUAAUAUUAUGAAUCGUGAAAUAGCUGGAUGCAAAGGUACAAGUCGUGAUCUUCAUUAUAAGCGUGCGAUUUACUUAUCUGCUAAAGAAUACUCAAUUGAUUGUUAUGAAUUAUUAUUUUGUAAAUUGAAAUUUUAUUAUCUUCUUCAAAAUGAUUUACAUACAGAAGAAGAAUGUUUAGCUGGAGAUUGGCUAUUGACAAAUAAUUGUUCAUUAGAAUAUUUAUCAUUUCCACUUCAACCACUUUAUUAUAGUUAUUUUCAAAUUAUUUAUUCAACUAAAGUUCUUUAUUUAAAUAUUUCUGGUAUAGUACCACCACAAUAUAUUUGUCAUGAUCCUCGUACAUGUCAUUAUUUAUCGAAAUCAACAAAUCAAAUAUUUAUUGAUUUAAAUUGUCGACAAAGUAGUUUCUACGAACCAGUACAUCAUGUUUUAGAUAGAUAUUUAGCAUCUGAUGCAAAUAAAUGUCAAUUAAUGGGAAAUAUUAAUAAUUAUUCUUCAAAUUCAUCUUUAUUUUAUUGUGAACGUUCGGAUAAAUAUAUAUCUAAAUAUCGUCUUAUUGAUGGAUAUAAUGAUUGUUUUUAUAAUGAAGAUGAAAACUAUUUCGAUAGCUGUUUAUUAAAUCAAAGUCAACGUUUUAAUUGUACAUCAGAAAAUAAAUGUUUAUCACCAAUUGGUAUUGGUCUUGAUUUUCCUCGUUGUCAGAAUGGUGAAGAUGAAGAACGAAUCAACGACAUUCAGUCGAUUUUUUCCAAACUUUGUAGUACAUUUGUACCACUAUUGGAAGAAGAUAAUGAAUCAACUAUAACAAAUUGUGAAUGGUGGCCUUGUCUUACUCCAUAUACUCGAUGCGAUGGACAUUAUCAUUGUACGAAUGGUAUUGAUGAAUUAAAUUGUCCAAAUAUGAAUUGUCAAAUAAACGAAUAUAAAUGUUCAACAGAUCGUCCAAAUGAAUAUCAUUGCAUAGCACAAGAAUUUAUCUAUGAAAUACCAAUAAAUUGUUAUGAAAAUAAAUCGGAAUAUAUUUAUCGACAAAUAUUUUAUUCAAAUAAUUCAUUAAUUAAUAACAAUCAUGAUUAUAUUUCUUGGAAAGAAAAAGAAAAUUGUUUAACAAAAAAUGAUAUUUGUAAAGAUGAAUCAAAUAAUAUUCAACAAAACCAUUUCUGUCCUAUUUAUUUCUUUUCAACAAUUCCAAUAUAUCACAAAUUCUAUUCGAAUUUAUAUUCCAAUGAAACUUUAUGUUAUAUAUUCAAUUUCAAUUCUCUUAUGUUUGAGAAAAAUUUUGUUUCAACAUGGAAUUUGGGAUAUUUACCAAAACAAAUCAAUUCGACAUUAUUAUCAAUUGAACAAAUCAAUGAUACAAAAUUAAAUGAAAGUAAAUUAAUAAUUAAUGAUAAAAAAGAUCUUAUUGAAUAUUGUAAUCGUGGAAUAAUUAUAUAUGAAGGUAAAUCUUACGAAAAGAUAUGUUUAUGUCCACCAAAUUAUUUUGGUAAACAAUGUCAAUGGCAAAGCCAACGUAUUAGUUUAACAAUUCAAAUCAAAACACUUGGAUUUUAUGAAGAAAAAAUUCCAAUUUAUGAAUUUUUUAUUUAUUUAAUUGAUAAUGAAAAUGAAAUUAUUCAUUAUUAUGAAAAAAUUAAUUAUAUUCCAUCGAUUGAUUGUGAUACAAAAUAUAAUCGUUAUUUACUUUAUCCAACACAACCAAAAGAUUUGAAUUCAAUAUAUUCAAUACAUAUUGCUCUAUAUGAAAAAUUAACAAUGAAUUAUUAUGGAAGUUGGUUUUUCUCGAAUCCAUUUCCAUUUUUACCAGUUCAUCGUUUAGCAAAACAAAUUCAAAUUCCAUUAGAAAAAUCCAAAGAAUUAAUCAAUUGUCCAAUUCAAUGUGGAAAUCAUGGCGAAUGUUUUUCUUUUAUUAAUAAUUCAACAAAAUUCUUUUGUUAUUGUCAUGAAGGCUACUCAGGACGAUUUUGUAAUAUAACAUAUGAACGAACAUGUUCAUUAGAUUCUUUUCAUUUAAAUGCAUCUAUUUGUUUAUGUCCAUUAAAUAAAUUUGGUUCAAAAUGUUAUUUGAAGCAUUUAACUUGUCAAUCAACAAAUAAUCUUUGUCAGAAUAAUGGUGUAUGUAUACCUGGAAAUGAUCGUAUUACUAAAGAAAAAUUUCUUUGUUUAUGUACUGAAGAUUAUACAGGAUCGUAUUGUCAAUAUCGAUCAAAUCGAAUUGAUAUUCAUUUUAAAACAGAUGAAAUUCCUUUAAUAAUAUUUGGUCAUUUUUUAACUGCACUUGAAGAUCGAGAACAUCAACGAACAACAACGUUUAAAAAAAUUCCAUUUGAUCAAAAUUCUAUUUCAUUAUAUUUCAAUAAACCAUUUCAUGUAUUAAUUAUUGAAUAUUUCAAUCAUUAUUAUCUUGGUGUAUUAAGAGAAACAUUUUAUGAUGGUGAAUAUAUUUCUACUAAUAUUGGAAAAGAUCAUUUAUGUGUAAAUAUAAAUGAACUUAUGAAUUCAACAUUACUUAAUUAUAAAGAUUUACGUCGAAUGAAAUAUUAUCCAUUACAAUGUUUGAAAAAUGUUCAAUUAAAAUGUUUUUAUGAUGAAAAACAAAUAUGUAUUUGUGAUAAAAAUCGAUUUUCGAAUUGUUGGAGUUUUAAUCAUAGUAUGUCUUAUAAUUGUCAAGGACAUAAUUUUUGUGAAAAUAAGGGUAAAUGUUUUCAGGAUAAUCUUAAAUGUCCAAUAAGAUCAAUAUGUAAAUGUGAAGAUUGUUAUUAUGGAAGUCAAUGCCAAUUCACCACAGAAGGUUUCAGUAUAUCACUUGAUGUUAUAUUUGGUUAUCAAAUUAAACCAUCAAUUUCAUUUCUUAAACAAUCAUUAGCAGUUAAAAUAACUGCAUCAUUAACAAUUUGUAUGUUUUUAUUAGGUUUGAUUAAUGGAACUUUAUUAAUAUUAACAUUUCGAAAUAAAACUAUACUUUCAACUGGUUGUGGAUUAUAUUUAUUAACGAAUUCAAUUGUAUCUUUAUUGACAGUUUCGUUUUUUACUAUAAAAUAUAGUCAGCUUGUCAUAUUUCAAAUGAAUACAAUAACAAAUCAUUCAUUUAUCUUAAUAAAUUGUAUAUUAAUAGAUGUUUUAUUAAAAAUUCUUCUUAGUUAUGGUGAAUGGUUGAACGGGUGUGUUGCUGUCGAAAGAGUAAUGGCUGCUGUACAAGGAGUACGUUUUAAUAAAAGAAAAAGUAAAUCUACAUCAAAAUAUAUUAUACUCAUAUUAUUAUUAAUAAUAAUAAUUAGUUAUAUACAUGAUCCAAUAUCUCGACAAUUAUUUAAUGAUAAAGAUGAAAAACGAUUGUGGUGUAUUGUUAAAUAUUCAACAAACUUGAAGAUUUAUGAUAAAUUUAUAAAUUCAUUUCAUUUUUUUAUGCCUUUUAUGAUAAAUGUUUCAUCUGCAAUAAUUAUUAUUAUUCAAUUGUUUCGAAUACGUUCAAAAGCAAAGAAAACAUCACCAUCUCAAACAAUUUUCUUAGAACAUAUUCAACAACAUAAACAUCUUCUUAUAUCUCCAUGUGUUUUAAUUAUUUUAGCUAUACCACGUUUAAUUAUUUUAUUUAUAUCACGAUGUAUGAAAUCAUUUCGGGAUCCUUGGUUGUUUCUUUGUGGUUAUUAUAUUUCUUUCAUUCCGCCAUUACUUCUCUUUAUUAUAUUUAUUUUACCUUCCGAAAAUUAUAAAGAAGAAUUUUUAAAUGUCAUUAAAAAAAUACACUUGAUUAAAUAUCAAUGA